AUUGAGUGCUCUAAGUGUUGAAAAAUAACUUUUUUCAAAAUGAGAUUAAUUCUUACAUCAGCUCUAUUAGUAAAAACGGUAAUGAUCGUCGUGAUAGCUCAAGGUGACUUGCCACCUGUCAGUGAAAAUUGUUUAAAAUGUAUUUGCGAUACUGUUACCGGUUGUGACCCUAAUUUUGGAUGUAUCGACGGAUAUGUUUGCGGUCCAUUUAGAAUAACGAAACCAUAUUGGAUUGAUGGAGGAAAUAAUACCAUAAACGGGGAAGCUAUAGACUCUCCUACAGCUUUUGAAAAUUGUGUUACUGAUUAUAAUUGUGCAGUGCAAACAGUUCAGGGUUACAUGGCAAAUUGGGGUCAAGAUUGCAACGGAGAUGGUGUUAUAAAUUGUUAUGACCAUGGUGCUAUCCACCAACUAGGACGUUACGGAUGUAAUGGUCAAUUGCCGGAAAAAUUCUUAAAUACAUUUAGUCAGUGUCAUGGUCAAGCUUAAUUUGUUUUUGGCUAAA